AGACUGUGGGCUGGCUCUCCGAGGCUGGCGCUGGCACUGCCUCCACCUCCUCCUCCUACCGCCACGCACUCUCACUCAGUGCCAGCUAGAUAUUGAUCCAUUGAUUUUCCUGCUCUGGCACCGUCUAUUUUAUUUUCACAUCAUGCAGUUCUCAGUCCGCGCCGACCCACCGCCAAGAUCACCACGAACACGGCGCGUACAUACUUAAACUUGGCGUGACUUUACCGUAGACUUUUGUCACAAAUUGAUCGUGGUCCGGCGGGUUAACGGCAUGUGUCGAGAGCGAUCACCAGUCGUGAAGUGCCGCGCGCCGACCAAGCUGCUAGUAGAAUAGUCAAUAUGUUACGAAACCUAAUUUUAAUAACGGCUCAGUAUUAUUGUUAAACUCUGUAAAUAAAAUCAAACCAGGGAUAAAGUGUGUAUACAAGUUGUACAAAGCUGCAAAAAAGUACCUUUCAUCGUAAUUUUAAUGCGCUAAAUAUGUGAUAUUAGUGAGCGAACUUCCGAGAAGUGAAAUGUGAGUGUGUAUGUUAAGAAAUGUGUCGAAAAUAUUUGUGUAAGUGUGGUGCAAUAUAUGAGUGCGUAUUCAGAAGCUAUUGAGUGCGUGAUUAUUAAAUUCCAUGAGUGCGUACUAGUGUGACAUCAAGAUGCAACCGUCCCUCCUUCCUUAAAUUGGCUCUCACCUAUGUUUCCGUUUUUGAUUCCCCACAUGGUGUCGUCGGGCGUCAGGAUGGCCAUGUCCCCUCAACAGUUCUGUCUCAGGUGGAACAACCACCAAUCUAACAUCAUAUCGGUGUUCGAACAACUCCUUCAGAGCGAGUCCUUCGUGGAUGUCACGCUAGCCGUCGAGGGCAUGACUUUGAAGGCCCAUAAGGUGGUGCUCUCCGCCUGCAGCCCGUAUUUCCAGGCUGUGCUGGCGUCCCACCCGGACAAGCACCCGAUCGUGAUCCUGAAGGACGUGCGCUACACGGACAUGCGGGACCUCCUGGACUUCAUGUACCGCGGCGAAGUGAGCGUCGACCAGGACAACCUCUCCGGCUUCCUGCGCGUGGCCGAGUCGCUCCGCAUCAAGGGGCUCACGGAGGUCAACGAGAAGAAGCGCCUCGAGAACUCCUCCUCCGCCUACCUCAUGCCUCAGGCCAUGUCCGGCGCCGCGCCCCCCGGCGUGGCGCCCGGCGUCGUGCCCAUGGCCCCCCUUACGCCCCUCCCGGGCGACCCGCCGCCCCUCAAGAGGCCGCCCCUCUCGCCCUCGGCCACCUACGGCGCCAAGCGGAGACGCGGCCGCCCGCCCAAGAUCUCGGGCGAGGAGUCCGAGGGCGAGGUGGGUUCGGUCGGCGGCUCACUGUCGGCGGCGGAGGGCGAGGACACGAGAAGCGAGGCCGAGGUCAAGGUGGAGGUCGAGGAGGCCAAAGAAUGCUCAGAGCCUGACGACCUGAGCAAAGAGGCCGACACCAAGAGUGGGGAAUCAACUCCAGGACCAUCAGGAGAGAGCCAAGGGAAAGAGGUGACGAGGUUGCCGCAAGAGGAGCAGGAGAACACCCGGGAAUCGCCAGGCUCAGGCAACGCGCCGGAGUGGACGACCCACACCUACGACUCUGACGACCAACUCGCCGUCGCCAUCCACCCGGCGAUCAAAUCCACGUCUCAGCCGCCGCCGCCGCCGCCGCCGCCGCCCGCCACCGAUAUGGACCAGCUCUACUACACUAAGAACCUUCUGGAGGCCGCCAUGCUCAAGAACCCGUACGAGGCUCUCAAAAACGACAAGCACCUGCACGGCUCGAUCCUGCUGGCGUCGCUGAGGGCGCCUCUCAAGUUUGGGCUGCACGGCGUGUACGAGAGAGAGGGCGAGAGAGACGUGGCGGACACGUCGCCCCAUUCACCCCACACCUCCUCUCCGCAGAAGCCCACGCAGUCCUCGCCCACGUCGAACUCCCCGAGCGGCGGGGGCGGCAGCGGGGGCGGCAACAACAACAAGGUUUCAGUGCCUAUCAUGAGCUACUGCAUCCAGGACAACGGCUUCAAGUGCUCCAAGUGCUUCCAGACCUUCACGCACCCGUCCAACUUCCACCGGCACUACAUCACCGUGCACACGGACCGGCGGGCCCAUAAGUGCCAUGUCUGCGGCAAAGAGUUCAAGCGCAAAGACAACAUGAUGUCUCACAUCCGCUCGGUGCACCGGCCCGGCAAGGAGGGCCACUCCAUCUUCAGAGAGGUGUCGUCGGUGUCGCCGAGCCUCCCGAGGGAGGUCCCGCACCUACAGGAGCAGUUAAUGCAACAGAUGCAACAAGUUGACAAAGUCUAGAGCUUCCAAGUGAUCGCUUCGGUCACGCCCGACAAUCACCAUUCCGGUGACUCCAGACGCGAGCUGGAAAUCCGCUGACUAAGUCAGCAUCGGUCAGAAUGGCCGCAAUCUCAUUCUCAUGUGCAAUGUUAAGGUUGAUAGCCUGUAGACUCCCCCGAUGACGCGGUGACAAAUCCCACACUGUGUUCUGUGAUGACUAGCAUAUCCCUUACCUGGGCGACCAGGCUCCUGCGGGCCGGCCGCGCCCCCGGGCGGGCUCCCCGAGGACGUCGGGCCAAGUAACUGUGUGUGUGUGAGGCCUUAAUGUGUGCCUUGUGCUGCCCAGGGGGGGUCCCUGGUCGCCACCCGGGGGCCCCCUCUGCUACGCUAGAUGAACCUGCUGUGUUAGUUUUCAAGUUUACCGGUUGUAUUAUGUUAGUGAUUAUAAGAAUUCUUUAGAGAAGUGCAAUAUAGUGCAUUAUAGAUUAUUUAUAGACAAUUUCACGUUACUUAAGCAUGACAUUAUAUUUAAGAGGUACUUUAUAAAGGUGUCCCGCUGCCCAAAGGCAGUGAUCACGCGCGUGCGUGCGCGAACGCCGAGGCUGGUCACCGCGUCAAGCCUUCACUGCCAAGACUCGUGGAAAUGCCGCUCCUUGCUCGCGAAGCCGAUCCUUCCGCGGCGCCGAGGCCCGCGCCGGAAGCGCCGCCGCACACUUCGAGGCCGCUCGUUUCAACGCCUCGAGCGCGCUGGGCGAGGCGCUUCCCGAUGGGUAUAUGUACAUGGUAGCUUACAAGCACCCAUCUGUGUAUGAAUGUGUGUGUGUGUGUG